AGUUCAUUCUUAACCUAGAGCAGGAUCCCCGCGGCUAGCAAAUCUUCAUUCUCUACUCUAAACUCUACCCGAAGAAUCCAGGAUCUUCCUAUCCAGUAUCCAGGUCUGCUGUAUCUCCUAGUGCUGGUGGGUCCAGGUGCUCCUGUUCUUUAUAUCGGAAGAUAUAGAAGCAAAACAUUUACCUGGAGCAACUUCAAUACAAUACAAUACAGGUAUGGUUGCGAGGAUGGGUUCCAUGUGAUGGAGGCUGGGGAGAGAGGGACGGAUGGCUGGAGAGGGGGGGACGGAUGGAAUUAGGAAAAGGUUGAGUAGGGAUGAAGAUACCGCCAUGGGAACUCAGGAUAAUCAAACAAUGCAGUCGAAGCGCGGUGUCGGAGCAAAGUUUGUUGGUGAGUGGACUAAACUAUUCAGCUGGAUCCUUGAGAUAGAGAUGGGUUUGGUUUGGGGUAUAUCCGGUUUAUCCCUGAUAUCCUUUAUAUUCACCUCAAUAUGGUACAUAGAUCCAGCUCUACUUACUAUGGUACUACAGUUCCAACCAGCUACAUGUACCACAAUUCACAGUGCAUAUCUGAUUGGAAUAUCUAACUGUACAUGGACAAGCUGUAGACAUGGUUGUACAUCAGAAAUAUAUAAAUGUUGGCAUGUUGUUGUAAACUAUACUCUUAUCUCUGGUUCACGUCCAAUACCUCCUCCUUGGUCCAGUUUAUCAUCUUUAUCCAUCCCUUCUUCUCCUGAUUCUUCAGCCAACCUUCCAACUAAACUAUAUCCUAAUGUUAGAGGAUGCGGAUAUCCCCCUAGUUUACAGUGUGAAGAUUUCUAUUCUGAGUUUGGUUCCGUUGAUAGUUCAUAUCCAUGUUGGAUAUCUCAUAUAGAUUCUAAUAUUGCUCUUACAGAGCUAGAUCUGAAGAAACUCAAGGAGGAAGUUAUGUACAGUCUUAUUCCUCUUGGAACCUUUAUAUUAUCCACCCUGUAUGCUCUAUGUAGACUUGGAGUAUUCUCUAUAUGCAAUCCUCUCCGUUGCUGUCCCAAGGUUUCCGGUUCUACGGAGCAAACCCGUCUUACUCCAAAGCAGUUGUUCAGGUAUAAAAAAGCACUCCUGGCCAAGAAAUCCGAAGAGAAUGAAGAGAGAGCUCAACCCAAAACCGAACCUGAACCUGAGCCUUCAAAACUUGAGAUUCCCCCAACUAUUCAUGAAAUAGUUGAAGGAAUAGGAAGUAGCGGAGACCAAAGUCCUGCUAGUGAUAAAUUAACCCUGAGUAGAUCUAGAGAGAGGUUAGGACGGAUCCUAGAGCAGUCUCGAGAUGAGAGGAACCUUGAAUUCGAGGAGCUGAGCACUGUCCUAGAACACCUGGAGCAGAUCCCGUACAAGCAGAAGCCAAACCGAAGACGAACAGAUCCUCUAACAGAUAAAACAUUGAGGAUCAAAGAAGCUUAACACUCCGACCUUUAAACUAAAAUACAAAAACUUUUUUUUAUAAUUCUUGGUGAAGGUUUAUUGUGAUUAAAGAGUAGAAAGCUCCACUUUAAGUUUGCAAUCUCGGGUUCUUUAUCCUUAUCAGAUCCUAGAUUACAGCUGGGUUCGCUUUGGUUCUUGGUAAACAAGGUUAUAAACUAUUUAAUUUCCUGUUUAAUGGUUGAAAGUUUACUCAGAUAUAAUGUUAAUAAAGUGAACCAAAGCUACAGCACUCAACUCCAGGGAAUAGAAUAAAGAUUUAGUUUAAAUCCUUGUCGAGUUUAAUACAAUUUCACAGGUCCCUGGAGAAAAGUAAGAAUGGACUGCACCAUUGAACCAAGAUAUCGUUCUGAUCAUCUCUACUCCGUAUACUUGUAUUGAACCAGGAGCUCUACCCAAGAGAAGAGAAAAAGAAGGAGAGGAAACUAAUUCAACUUUGAACAUUAAAUAUUCUUUGUUUUAAACUCGAAUUUUAGGAAAGGAAAUUAGUUAUAUCCAAACUUCAUUUAUAGUUUAAAAUCUAAAUUAAUGAAGCUAAAUUGAAUUCUGUGCAAAUCUUGUGAAAAUUGCAGUAAUUCCUAGACUAAAUAUCAAAAUAGCACUGGUAUAGACAGUUUAGAUACACCACUUUGUGCUGUACAUUGCGUAGCAAUAGAGUGAUACAGGUACGGCAUUUUCAACUGUACAUUCAGUAGAAACAGAAUGUUGCAGAAACAGUACAGGUACACCACUUGGUGCUGUACACUGAGUAACAACGAAGUGGUACAAAAUAAGUAAGGGAAAGUUUUUUUUCGGCAACAAUUUUUAUCUUUUACCAAAAACCAUCCAUAAAUCUUCCUUGGGGGUCAUGUUCGAGUUACCACAAAAAAAUGAGCCUGAUGGGCUACGCCGUUUUGACGUUUGUAAGAUACAAACAAACAAAUAAAACACAUAUAUAAAGAGAUAUAUAAUAUAUAAAGCAAUAUUAUAGAUAAACUAUAAUUUAUACGGUAACCAAUAAUAUCAUUCAUUGACUUGUGAUUAUCAAAAUAAAUAAAGAUUUUGUAUUGAA